CCGCCAGUAAACUAUCUGUGGUGAACUGCUCACGUGGUUGUGUAUAAGGGAGCGAGAUGAGUAUACGAGUGUUCCGGAAUUUAGGAAGUUACGAAGCAACGUGAUAAGUCGCACACCUUCUCCUCCUCCUACCGUGAUUCGCAGACCGAAAGCAUCAAAAAGGCGUCGCGAGGUGGAGUACGGCUCAUUUAUAUGUCUGGAACCGGAUAUGGUAUCUACUCCGGGUCCAGGCGAUUCAUCUGGUCGCAAGGAAAGGACCGCUUCAAAUACUAUAAGGGAGCGAGAUGAGUAUACGAGUGUUCCGGAAUUUAGGAAGUUACGAAGCAACGUGAUAAGUCGCACACCUUCUCCUCCUCCUACCGUGAUUCGCAGACCGAAAGCAUCAAAAAGGCGUCGCGAGGUGGAGUACGGCUCAUUUAUAUGUCUGGAACCGGAUAUGGUAUCUACUCCGGGUCCAGGCGAUUCAUCUGGUCGCAAGGAAAGGACCGCUUCAAAUACUGAAGACAAACCAAUCGCUGCACGUUUACGGUCACGUAAGAAAUUAUCUCAACAGCCGAUGAAUAAUUGAAUGUGGCUCAUGCUUUGUAUUAAAGUUAAACUGACAACCUUCUGGUACAUGUAUCUGUAAAUGAUUGAGAAAACAUGACAUGUAUUGGGAGUGGAUUUCAAUACCCACACCGUGCUAUUUGAAUGAUGCGUAGUAAACAUAAUAAUGAUUUCAAAUAACUACUACUACUACUAAAUUGCGUAUGUAUGGGGCAGAACUACCUACCUUU